CUGUGGAGUGCGACACACGACAGUCCACACAGAACGCAGUUCACAUAUACAUGUACAUGUAUAAUCAUCAACGACCGAGGUGGACAAGUACUUUAGUCCUGCGAGACAGGGAACAACAUGGCGGGCGAUGCGACGUGUUUUUCGUAGCUGCUCAAGAUCGGUGCUCGUGAUCAGGUCACAUAGACUAAGGCUUUCUACAUUUAUAAGACAGUUUUCUGCAGUGUAGGUUUCUGAGUUCUACGAAGGGCUUCACAGUGACAUGAGGUCAUAUGAUGACCAAGACGAUCGGAAGAUGAAAAAACGUCGUAAGAAGCGAUCAAAGGUCCACCCUGGAUACGGUAACCUACAGGAAGACUCGGGUCUGUCAAAUGAAGGUUUCGAGAUGGGAGAGAAAAAGAAAACCACAUUGAAAAGGGGCACACAGUUUGCCAGAUCAUUUAAGGAAGUGUUAAAAGCUGCAAAUGUCUUCUCUGCUGCUCAAGCAGUGCAAGAAGCUGUUUCCAAGUGGAGAAACUACAACACAAGCCGCCGGCACGUCCAGGAAAACAAAACAGUGUAUGCUGUUAAGAAGAAGCCAGAGUUAGAAGGACUUGCCAGUGAUCUGGACGAUGAUGUGGAAGAUGAUCAAAUUGAUGCAGCACUGGGGUUUCCUGGAAACCUGGGUGACACAUCCAGGAAGAAAGCCUCCGCCAGCAACCGUGCCUUCAUCUCGUACUUUGCCAAGCUGGGCAAAGUUGACGGAAGUGAUGACUUUGUAGACCUUGAUUUCUUGGAGAAUCUGAUCGACAAUGGCGCAAAUGUAAGCUCCACAGACCGAUAUGGGCAGUCUGUGCUUCAUGAGGUUGCACGAGCUUGGCAUGUAGACGUGGCCAAGUUUUUACUGGGGAAAGGAUUGGACCCGAAUCAGAAGGACGUGUACGGAAGAACAGCCCUGCACGUGGCAGCUGCAGUCAACUACCCAGAAAUGGUGGAAUUCCUUGUCCAACAUGGAGCGGACAUUGAGGCAAAGACAAGAGAGGAGUUGCAGACACCAGUACACUUUGCUGCAAGAAAUGAUGCAGUGAUGUCAUUAAAGAUGCUGAUCAAGCACAAUGCUGACUUUAAGAAACAAAGAGACUACAAGGGUAGGACCCCACUGCACCUGGCAGCUGAACUAGAUCGCAGUGAGACAGCCAGGUACCUGGUGGAGCAGGGGGCAGAGGCAGGUGUGCAGGACUACAGCGGACAGGCCUGCAUCACACACAUGAUCACCAAAAUGCCUCCGGUGGCAAAGGAGGCACUUAACCAGUUCCACCCCACAGACCGUGCCAACAGGAAACAAUACUACUACUUGAACAACAUUGAGCCUGUCUUGCCUGAAGCAUUUAAGAAAAUUUCAGGGGAAGCUGCUGACAGUCUAGCCAGCACACCAAUGGAAGUAGCAGUGCAGUACAAACAAUAUGAGGUUCUACAACACCCUGUUUUCCUUAAACUCAUCAAUAUCAAGUGGAAACAGUUUGCCAGGAGAGGAGCAUGGUUUUCCCUCUUCCUCAACUUCAUCUUCAUCGUGACGUGGACAGCCCUGGCCGUAGUGCCUGCAUGGGAAGUUAGACACAAAUACACAUUCCCCCAGGACUGGUGGAGAAUCAUUGUCUCGAGCAUAGCAGUUCUACUGACGUUUUACCAGAUCAUUGUGGAGCUGAAGGAGUUCUUCUCAGACAAGCAAAAGUUCCAUGCAUGGCAGAAAUGGCGAACAGAAGAGAUCAAGAAAGACCUGACGUUCUGUCAUCCACGCUGGCCUGAGGAGCGUGAAUUCCUUCUCAGGGAGAUCGAGCAGAUCCAGGAGCAGAAAUCAGUCUAUUUCUCAGAUUUCUGGAAUUUGUUUGACUGGACGUUAUACCUUCUGCUGCUGGUGUGUAUAACAACACACAUAGUGGACGUGUUUGCUCACAGUACUGAACUGGCCAGGUGGCACAUCAGGAUAUUUGCUCUCACCAUCAUCAUCAUGUGGCUUCGCCUUAUGAAGAAUGCUCGUGCUUUCAGAGCCAUAGGACCCUUCAUCGUCAUCCUGUCCCAUAUGUUCUAUGACAUCCUCAGGUUCAUCUACCUCUACCUGGAGUUCUACAUUCCAUUCGCCUGUGCCUUCUGGAUGCUGUUUGGGGACAGAGGUGUGACAGGGUUCACGACGGUUCCCCUGCUGCUGUACUCCAUGUUCCGCCUGACUCUGGUAGACGAGUAUGAUUAUGACGGCCUCCAUGCAGAAGAUGAGGUAUUUGCAGACCUGUUGCUUGCCGGAUUCUUCUUCGUCUCUGCAAUCCUGUGCAUCAAUCUGUUCAUCGCACUUUUGUCAGACACAUUCCAAAGGGUUUACGACAAUGCGGUGUCCAAUGCCAUCAUGCAACAGGCACAGACAAUCCUUGGGCUAGAGGCCAGCAUGUCACGGAAGAAGCGAGAGAAGUUCAAGGCCAUGAUCCACUCCAAGUGUGCCCCUCUGCCAGAGUACUACGACGAUGACAUGACGUCUGCAGACGGGGAGGACCUACAGAAGAUCACGUUCCAGAUCAUGGAAGAGGUUGAAGAAAUGCACGAAAUGAUGAAGAUGAUGUACAAGCCAGGGGAUGAGUCCACUUCCAGUGACCACCCCAGACCUGUUGUCUAUCCUGCCAGUACUGACAGUGGGCUGAGUGACAGCCAUCGGUCAUCAGGUGCGAUGGUGUCCCAGGUGCAGGAGGAAGUGAAGACCCUGCGAGAUGAGAUCAGCCACCUGCGGCUGCGCCAGGAUGAGAUGUUUGAUCGCAUGAGGCACGACAACAGUUCCAUGAAGCACUUCCUGCAACACUUGAUCGACAUUCAGUCUCAGGGAGGUCUCCAGCCAAGAGGAGGGGGUGAGAGUGGCCCGGUGGUGCGAGGCCCCAGCAGACUGGAGCCGCUGUCUGUAGGUGACCACGGCAGAGGGGAUAGAAUGAGGGGGUCACCCAGAAGCUCACCACUCACAAAAGAAGUCAGAGAUGACAGCCCGUUUGGUGCCCGUGACAGAGAUGUGGAGAAGGGCCUGCCUGAGUCUUACAGAACCUCCAGCAGACAGAGGAGAGAACAGGAAAUGGAGAGGCAAGACCAGUCAGACACACCGUCCAAUGAUGUGUCUCCUGGCUCAGAUGACGGGCCUGAUGGUGACAUGCACGCCCACAUGGCAGGUGGGGAUGCGUGGCAACCUCCGCAGGACGUCAGGAUAAAGUCAACCGUCAGGGGUUCAUCGGGAACUAGCCAUGCAUAAUACAGCAUAGGCCAGCAACAGGCAGCUGAUGAUGUUUAGUGGUCUUCCUCUACAAAUGUAUGUGUGUAAUCAUUCAAAGUAGGUUUACAUCAUUUGAAUACAGUACUCACAUGUACAUUACAGUACAUGUGCAUGUAACAUUUAAGACAAAUGGCCAGUAGGACUGGAAUUUUACUGCAGCAGUGAAAUAUGCUCAUCACAGCCUUAGCUUUUGACUAAAAUAGUAUGUUUUCCACCUACAUUUUAGAGAUAUGGAGUACUUUGGAGAUAGCCUUUAAUGACUUACCUCAAUCAGACUUUUAAGCUGUUUUUGUGAUUUGUAUUAUAUUAUAUUAGGUAAAACAACUCUUCUAAAAGUACCAAAGAGCCUUAUACGUUUUUGCUGAUUGGAAAAUGCAUUGUAGAUUAAAUGACUACCUUGUGAUAUUUAACAGGGGUUGCCCUAACAUCGGACGCUUUUUAAGCGCUCGAACUCACGGUGCUCUAUCGCUAGUUAUCAGAGAGUGGUCAGGUUUUGAUGCCUGAUUUUUGAGAACAUUAGAAAAUGUAAACAACAUACUUGGAUAAGAAAUUCAUUCAUACUAUUCAUGAGCCCUUCAAGCUCCGCGUUACAUGCGACAAACUCUGUGAGACGUUUUCGUGAAUGUACCUUCGUGAAUGCGGCUAUGCUAGACAGUGUGCCCUAACUUUGGACGCUGUCUUCAGGUGUUGAUGAUGAAAUUAAGUAAACAAAAAUAAUAAUAGAAUUUUAUGAUAUUUUAGCUUUCUUUGGACAGUAAAAUUGUGAUUGUGUGUACUUCUCCUCUAUCGAGAGGAGGGUAGUAUCUAACGCAAUCAGUCCGUGUUUCCACUGAAAACCCCGGCUUACACAAUUAAUGCGGCCCGGGGGAAUCAUGGGAAAUGCAGACGACAGUGGUGUUGACGUCGUUUUUCACGGGUCGGUUUUCUACAAAACAAACACUCAGAGACCCACAUAUUUACUGUUUUGUAAAGCUUUAUUCCUUGUGUAUGCAGCAGUUGUGUACAAUCUUGGUACAGGUUUUUUCUUUCUGGCCAUGAGCCGCCGCAAUGCAGUGGCCCUCUUUCCAGCACCAUUGUUAUGAUUGGUGAAAAUGACUGAUUUGUUUUAUUCAUACAACAAAUCGAUAAAUGAAUUUAUGUCAUACCUGGGCCGCGAUUUUGUUCGAUACGGGUGUUCCGGACCCGGCCAUAUUUUACGGUACGGCCUGGGCUUCUUUACGCAUACGGCCCGGGGCUUACAAAUGUUCCAUAGAACGAUUCGAACCCGUUUCGCCCUAACCGCGUGCACCGCUUUCGAAAAUUCGAAGACAAAAUUUUUACAUCAGAAUUGAUG